AUGACGGUUGGCAGGGAGAGAGGGAAGCGCUCCGGCUUUCCAUCUAGGUGGUGUUGGCUACGCGAGCGGCCCUUUCCUCCUUUCCCGCCGCGUCGAGAGCGCGACCGCCGGCAGUCGCGAGCUCCCUCCCGACCGUUCUUCCGUGCGCGCCCACGCGACCCUCCCCCCGGGGCGCGUCGUGUCGUUCGCGACGACGGUUGUUUUUUCUGUGGCAGACGAAGCCACCCCCGAGAUGAGUGCCCAGCAUCCGGAGCCACAUGUUUCUCGUGUGGCCGUGAGGGACAUUUUGCAAAUGUGUGUCGAAGCCGACCGAGGCACGACCGGGAUCAUCGUCAACUGGCCCUUCCUGCUGGCCGGCGGGUCUCUGCCCGCGGCUACUACGAGCAUCGGCAAGCAAGGCCUGGUCCUACAAGGAUUCAAGGCAUCACCUUCCCGGACUACGAGCUCCCGGCAACAAUCUACACCGUCGUGCCGCCCGAUGAUUUUCCGGAGCGGUGCCGUUUCUGUGGUGGCCCCUGCCACCCGAGGAAGUUUUGUCCGGCCGCACACCGUCGCUGCUUCUCCUGCCAGAAGCAAGGUCAUCUAGACCGUGUCUGCGAGAGUCGACCCCGGUGGCCACGACUCGACCGUGGGGGGCCUAGCAACCCUCCCACCGUGUUCGCGUCCGCCCACCGGAGGCAUCCAGUUCUUCUUGCUGCAGCCCCGCCUGCAGCCCGGCCGGCUCCCCAAGAGCCGCCUGUUCCUGUUCUUGGUCCGGCCAGCCCGGACACCACCAAUCCAGACCCCGAGGGUCCACAACCAGCCUCGAGUUCCCGAGGCCCCCCCCUCUUCUUCCUGAGGGUCCUGUUCCAACUGAGAGUGUAUCUUCCAGCACCUCCUUUGAGGGUGCACCAGAACCAGUGCCAGUGCAAUCACCUGUGAGUGGGUGUUCGGUACCCAUCACAACGCAGCCCAAGCCGUUCCCCAGACCGGAGCCACCAGAGCCCCAGGGUCCAGACGCCUCCGCGCAAGAGUGUCGUCGGCGGCUACCAGACGUCCUGAAGGACUAUUUUAUUAACUCUUUUGGACUGGGUUCAAGAUAUUUGUGAACAUUCAGUGAAUUUUUUUCUUAUCCAGCUUACUGCCCCAGCGCAGCCUUUUCCAUUGUGUGCUUUCCGCAAAUCUUUUGCGACGUGCUUUUUCCUUUUCAUUAAUUUCACAUUUUCCAGUGUCUUGACAUAGAAAUGUCAUUUCAUUUCAGUACAUUUCCAUACUUCCCAACUGCCCUGCAGUUUGGCGUCAGUUUUCGGGAAAAAAGUCUAUUCAAUUUUUUUUCCUAAGAGAGGGAAGGAUAGGUAGUUAUUUUUUUUUAAGGAAAAGAAAGUGUAUUUCAAUUUUUUCAUUUAAGUAGUUCUCGCCACACUAGCCAGAUGGCGCCACCGUUACACCAUUGUCCGUGUUAUCAGGGUUGCGUCCCCGUGGCGCUCAACCCCCACGUUGUUGACCGUUAAAUAAAUGAGUUACGACCCAGCCA